AUGUUCGUGCGAAAAUCAUCAUCGUCGUCAUGGAUGGUGGUAGCUCUGUGUUUGUUGGGCUUCCUUUUCGUGAUGACCCUCUUUCAAGCCUCCUCUCACUCCCAAGUACAAGCGAUCGGUGGUGGAGGAGAGUGUGCGGGAUGUGUUAUUGUGUUCAGAGCUGUUGAGAGCUACAUCAAUUACAAACAACAACCCAUCGAUAAAGCAUUGAUGGAAAUUUGUAGCUUCUUACCCGAUAAGCUUUCAUCCUUCUGCAAAAUGUUUGUUACCCUUGAAGCAGAAGUAUUGAUCAAAAUGUUGGAAGAACGCCAAACACCCGAUGUAAUUUGUCGGGAAUUGGGACCAUGCAAAGACUUUGAGCAGUGUACCUUGUUUAAACGAGGAGCAACAGCUCAGGGUGCUGCCUCUCCUCCAAGAAAGGUAUUCAGAGAGAAUUGGUGGAGAAAGUUGUUAGAUCUGAUCAUUGCUCCAUUCUAUAACUCUCUCAAUAAUCAUUUGCCAGUAAGUGAUGUGGACGGUGAUCUUCAUUCCACAGAGUUCAAUUUAAGAGGUAGCGCAUGGAGAGGAGCUGAUUGUAAUGAUAAUGAUGCAACUGUUUAUCCAGGAAGAAAGAAGACAUCUCUUUCACCAAUGUAUGACCAUAAUUGUAACGGAAUUUAUGGUUACGAUGAGAAGGGAAGAAGUUACGAGCAAUUAUUUUGUAAUGACACCAUUUCCAAGACCAUGGGUGUUGUUGUUUUUGGAGAUUCUCUUUCAGCUCAUUUCAGAAUUCCUCCAGAAUUAGUUCAACCUGAAUAUAUGAAUGCUCAAACUUACUCGCAACUUUGGGAAAUGUUGACCAAUGAACUCGAUUGGCCAAUGUUGGCUUGGGCAACAGGAUUUUUAAACUCUUCAUACUCUAAUUUGACUCCAGGGCCUUCAUCAUCCAUCUACAAACAUUUGAGAAAUCACAAUAGAUGUGUUCACAGAGAUUAUGCAACCAUAGCUGUCAAUGGAGCUCGUACUGGAGCCAUGGAGGAUAUCAUCAAGACAUGGACUCGAGACCAAUUCAAUGAUCAACCAGUGCUUGCAUUCUAUUCUUUAGUUGGUAAUGAUGUUUGUCAUCCAGCUCACAAUUUUGAUUUUACCACACCUGAAGAAUUUGAAAGAAACGUUCUUGUUAGCUUGAAUUAUUUGGAAAACAUUCUUCCAGCUGGUUCUAGCGUUGUAUUUGUAGGUCUUGCACAAGGAGGUUAUUUAUUUGAAUUUUUGAAAAAUCAAAUGCACCCAUUAGGAGUUCCAUAUCCAGACAUGUAUGAUUUUUUGAAUUGUUUAGAUAGCAAUCCAUGUUGGGGAUGGAUGAAUACAAAUGCAACUGUUCGAAAUAUAACAAGUGCUCAAGCAGUAUUGCUUUCAACAGUCUACGACAAGAUUAUUCAAAAGUACUCAUUCAAACAAUUCAAGAUGUAUUACCAUGAAUUUCCACUGAAAGGAGUUUUGGAUGAAUGGGUGAAAAAAGGAGGACAACCAAAAGAUUUAAUUGAACCUUUUGAUGGUUUUCACUUGAGCCAACCUGGACAAUCACUCAUGGCUGAUUACUUGUGGAACUGGAUAAAGACACAACAUCCUGAAAUUAUAGGCAAUCCAAAUCCAAUGAAUUCUGAAAUUAUCAAGGUAUUUGGUGAGCAAGGUGGUUAUUAA